UCACUCUCACACUGAGACGGAUCAAUGCAGCCGAGGCUGCUGCUGCUGCUGUUGCUGCCGGCGGCGGAUACACGGACACAGCCCUCUUGCAGCACUGCCUGCUCAAGGUUGAGGUGGUCGGUGCGUGGGUGAGGGAGGACUCGGCAUGGGGAAGAAGCUGGACCUGACCGCUCUGACCGAGGAUGAAGCCGAACAUGUGCUACAGGUGGUCCAGCGGGACUUUCAUCUCCGCAAGAAGGAGCAGGAGCGGCUCAGUGAGCUGAAGCAGAAGCUGAACGAGGAGGGCAACAAGAGGACCAUCCUGUCCAAGCAGCAGAAGUUCAACGAGAACUGCUGCAUCCGCUGCUGCGGGGCCUUCACCUUCCUCCUCAAUGCCAAGCACCCCUGCAGCGACUGCAAGUUCAACGUCUGCAGGGACUGCGGCACCUACAGCAAGAAGGACAAGGCGUGGGUCUGCACAGUGUGUCACCAGGCCAGGUUGCUGAGGGCUCAGUCGCUGGAGUGGUACUACAAUAACGUGAAGGGUCGCUUCAAACACUUUGGCAGUGCCAAGGUGGUACAUACUCUGUACAAGCGCCGCCUCGCUGGCACAGGGAGCCCAGCCAGCACACUAGGAGGGAGCGUUCUUGGCAGCAGCGUGGACAAUGAGGAGAGGGUCGGUGGAUGCAUGGCCUACAGACAGACUGACGGGCACACCCUGAGCGAGACUCUGGCCGUAGCACUGCGGGUGGCUGAGGAGGCGAUCGAGGAAGCCAUCACCAAGGCGGACUCCUUCAGCGACAGCCUGGAGAAACAGAGUGAGAGUCAAUAUCUCCAGGAGCACAAGGAGGACCUGAUUGAGGAACUGGCCACCACCAUCAUGCAGAAGGUGAUAAAGAGAAAGAAGUCGGGCGGUGGUCUGACGGACUCGGAGUCGGAGCCGGCACGUUGCCAGCGCAGGUCCUCUGCCAGGGAGCUCCUCCAUCCCUCUCCCGACUGCCGGCCUGAGUCCUCCACCCUGUGGAGGUCUCAGUCAGAGUUGUGCCUGACUCAGGAGGAGGUGGAGAGCAGGGAGGGAGCGGAGGAAGGCAGCUUGUGGCGCUCAGAGUCUGCGUGGAGCCAGGCCGUGGCUCAGCCGUCCCAACACCUGGACAUCCGGCCCUACUCACUGCCCGAGUGGCAGAGCAUGGAGUUGCUGGACAAUGCAGGUCCAUCCACAGCACUGCACAGCCCCGACGGCAACUGGAUGGCGGUGUCUUGCCGCCGGCCGGCUCCGGCCCGGCUCCUCACCAAACCCAAGGGCCGGGACUUUACCGGGCUGGAGCGAGAGGCGGGCGUGCGGUCGGCGUACGAGGAGAUGGGUGGGGACGAGGCUGACUGGGGCUCGGUGAUGGGACAACGGCCAGAGGGGCUGCCGGACCCGACCCCGAGCCAGCUGGCCGGACCGAUACCGGAGCCCAGGACAGCCUGUCCCCUCACCUCCCCCCACCUCCGCCAGCACCACGCCGUCGUGCCCGAGACCUCCUCCGGGGGCUUGGUCCGCAUCUCCGUGACGGGACCAGAGGACCGGGGGCUGGUGGUUGGCGAUGGGGACUACGACCUCAACUUCAACACCCGCGAGCCGGCACCAGCAGACAGCAGCGACGACCAGGAGCUCCCCGACAGAGCCGAGAGGAGGCAACGGCGUCGCAAACGUAGCAAGAGCUCCUCGCCAGAGCCUACGCACAAGAGCAACGGGGCAUCAACAAGACAGUCGGCCACACCGAAAAACACAUGUCAGGAGCUGAGCAGGUGCAUGUUGGUGAUGGAACGCAGCCUGGCCAGGCUGGAGCGGAGGAUCAGCCUGGGGUCCUGGAGCCAAGAGGAGUCACCAGCCCCCAGAGACAAGGACAAGAUGGCCGAGGAUGAACCGCGAGAGGAUGUGGAGAGGAAAGUCUCGCUGACAAAGACUGAGGUGGACCAAGUGGAGAAGGUGCUGAAGUCACGGGUAGUUCAACUGAUCACCAAGCUGAGCGACAAAGAGUCAUCAUCUGGGGACGACCUGGACCUGGAGUCGACGGAAGCAGCUCAGGAAACUUCCUCUUGCGAUGAAGAUCGACAGCACAUUCAGGACGAACUUGUCAGAAAGUACUCGGCCAUCUCUCUGUGCAGCAUCACGACGGAGGCACUGAAGGUGCUGGGGGCCACGGAGGAGCUGAUCGAGGGGGCUUCGCAGGAAGGCCACCCACCCAUGGACCCUGCCGGUGGUAAAGGCCCGACAGAGAAGGAGGCCCAGAGACUCCAGGCCCACCUCUCCAAGCUGGAGGAGAACGUCUACAUAACGGCGGGCACGGUGUACGGACUGGAGGGGCAGCUGAACGAUCUGGAGGAGUGUGCGCGGAGUAUUCACAGCCUGUCCACCGAGACCAAGCUGUCGGAUCUGGAGGACCAGGUGGCUACCGCUGCGGCACAGGUUCACCAGGCUGAGCUGCAGGUGUCGGACAUUGAGCGCAGGAUUUCGGCGCUGAACGUGGCGGGGCUGAACGUGGUUCCCUGCGAGAGGCUACUGAAGAAACGCAGCCUGCCCGAUGUGAAGGCCGAGACCAUUGAUACCUCAAGGCAACAGAGGAGGAAGCUGCCUGCCCCGCCAAACCAAGGUUCCAGCCCAAGCUCACUGCCAGGAGACAGAUUGGACAACUUUGGGACCAGCGGCAGGCAUGGAUUGUUUCAAGAUAACGCGCCAACACCAAACCUAAAGCACGAUGAGAUCGCGACCGAAACUGCUGCCAUGUCGGGCGUGUACUGAGGAGUGGACCAUGCUGACAUGACCAUCACUCACUGCCUCUGGUUGUCCGUUGAGUGCCUUGAUCCAACAGCCAUGGAGACGCGUGGACCUCCAACGUGCCGACUGACUGGAGACGUCCACCCCCCCCCUGGGCUUCACCCCCUCUCUGCCCACCUGCCCUCUGGCUUCGCCUUAAGUUCCAUGAGACAGUGAGAGAACAAGCACUGGUCCCUCCAACUCUGCCGCAGAAGCACGGUGGCUGUACAGAACUUGUGUCGUGUUUGUGUGUGCGUGUGUGCGUGUGAUUUGUCUGUGUACUAUAGCACAAACCUCAAUGUACUUUACUUGUCAGUAAUGUGUCCAAUCUUGCCCAAGUGGUCUCAGAUACUGCUGACACUCCCUCGAACAGUGAAAGGCCUGGAUACAGUGGAUGUGGAGAGUCCAGGACCAGAGGGUCACAGCCUCAGAAUUAAAGGACUUUCCUUUUGGAAGGAGAUGAGGAGAAAAUCUCUUCAGUCAGAGGCUGGUGAAUCUGUGGAAUUGUUUGCCACAGUCGGGCUGUGGAGGCCAGGUCAGUGGAUAUUUUUAAGGCGGAGAUAGACAGAUUCUUGAUUAGAAUGGGUGUCCGGGGUUACGGGGAGAAGGCAUGAGAAUGGGCUUAAGAGGGAGAGGUAGAUCAGCCAAUGGCGGAGUAGACAUACAAUACAAUAAACAAUGGGUGCAGGAGUAGGCCAUUCGGCCCCUCGAGCCAGCACCGCCAUUCAAUGUGAUCAUGGCUGAUCAUCCCCAAUCAGUACCCCGUUCCUGCCUUCUCCCCAUAUCCCCUGACUCUGCUAUCUUUAAGAGCCCUAUCUAGCUCUCUCUUGAAAGUAUCCAGAGAUCAAAGAGAAUGGGGUUAGGAGGGAGAGAUAGAUCAGCCAUGGAGGAAUGGCGUAGACCUGAUGGGCCGAAUGGCCUAAUUCUGCUCCUAUCACUUAUGACAUGACCUUCCUCUACCCUGCAGUUGCCUGCUGCCAGUUCAUUAGUUAUUUGCGGAAAGAAUAUCUUGAAACCUUUUUUAAAUUACUAUUUUAACAUGAGUUCUAGGAGCAGAAUGAGGCCAUUCGGUCCAUCGAGUCUACUCCGCCAUUCAAUCACGGCUGAUCUAUCUCUCCCUCCUAACCCCAUUCCCUUGGUUCUCUGGAUACUUUCAAGAGAGAGCUAGAUAGGGCUCUUAAAGAUAGCGGAGUCAGGGGAUAUGGGGAGAAGGCAGGAAUGGGGUACUGAUUGUGGAUGUUCAGCCAUGAUCACAUUGAAUGGCGGUGCUGGCUCGAAGGGCCGAAUGGCCUACUCCUGCACCUAUUGUUUAUUGUAUUGUAUGUCUACUCCUCCAUUGGCUGAUCUACCUCGCCCUCCUAAGCCCAUUCUCAUGCCUUCUCCCCGUAACCCCGGACAC